CCAACAAUAAUAAUAGUAAUACUAAUGAAAUAAUAAAUGAACCCUCCAGCAUUCUAAUGGUACCAGAAAUUGAUAUGGAUACACCGCCAUCAACUACACCACAGCCAAUAAUACCACAACAACCAAUCGAAGAACAACAGAUUCAACAUUUAAAAAGUGAAGAAAUCCGUAAAAGCAAUGACAAUAUCGAACAAUUAAAAGUUGAAACUGAUAAAGAAAAGAAGAAUGAACAACAGCAACAACAACAACAACAACAACAACAACAACAAAAAGAACAAGAAAACUAUGGUAAUGAUGAAGUUACUGAAGUGGUUUUAAGAAAUGUAUUAUAUGUAUCAAAUAAAGUUUUAACAGGAGCACAAUAUGUUGGUGGAAUCUUUGCUGAGAUUUUGGGUUUUGGUGAACACAAAUACCAAGAUCAUUUAGAUGAAUACAAUAUGAUUCAAGAAGAGAAAAAAAGAAAAAUGGAAAAAGAAGGUAAAAUUCAAAGUGAUAUGGAAAAUGGGCAAUCUGGAGAAAAUUCGAUCUCAGUUUCAUCGUCUGAAACUCAAAAAUAAAAAAAAAAAAAUAAAAUAAAUAAUUUUAAAAU